UGAUAAUGGCCCCAGGAAUACAGUGCAAUUGGCACGGCCGCAACGCCUAGUAUAAAUAACAUCGCGUGAGACUGCUCGUCUUUGUGCAUGCAAGAGGUUCAAGAAUUACUGACUUUCAGGGAGGUUUCAAGAAAGACUGACUUUUACGCUUUUGGGAUAAUUUCGUGUGGAGGGGCAGAGACGGGGAAACUGCUGGGAGGUUUUAGCCCAUUCGCGGAAUAUGGUGCCAAUUACAGACAGGCAGAGAUGGAGGACGGAACAGAUCUUUGGAAGGCGGGUUUUAGUUCUUGA